CACUUUGCCCAUCCCUAAGCUCAGUAGACUGCACAAUUUUUCGUUUAUUUUGGCACACAAAAUGGCUAGCACUGUCCGUAAAUCCGUGUAGAACCGCACUCCAGUCGCAUUUCAGUGUCUAAAAUGUCCUUGCAGGCCGGAUCGAGUGGCUCGGGAGGUGCUGGCGGUGCCGGUGCCAGUGGUGGUAGCGGCAACGGCACUGGAAACUCCGAAGAGGCGCGUCGCAUUUGGGUUGGGAAUCUGGAUUCGCGCAUCACCGAUUCCCUUUGCAUUGCCCCCUAUCGGUUCCAACUCCUCAAACUGAUGCAAAAAUGCGGUGCCAUCGAGAAGUUCGACAUGCUGUUCCACAAGGGCGGUCCCAUGGUGGGACAAUCCAGGGGCUACGCCUUCGUCACCUUCGCGCAGAACGAAGGAGCCACCAAUGCCCUGCUGAAACUGGACGGAACCAGCGUGGGAAACCGCUCGAUAGCCGUGCGUUUGGCCAAGAACAUUAAAUAUGACGACCUGCAGAAGCCCAAGCCGCGCCUGGAGAUACCAGCGUUGGGAACAGGCAAACGCGAGGAGAAGAUCAGCAAAACGGAGGCCAUUCGCGCCAUUGAAGCCAAGCUGAAAGUGCUGGAGCGGCAGACUGACGACAAUCUCGAGCUGAACACAGCCGGCAGGGGCGAGGCCAACGUGCCCUUCAUCCAGCGCUACCAGUUCAACAAGGACCGGGACGGAUCGCAGCGCUACGGCAAGUCCUCGGCUCCAUAUCAUCGACAGCAGCGUCCCAAGCGGCGCUAGGCUCUCCCAACACUCGACUUAGCCACCGUCUCACCCAGUAGUCUGUAAAAAUCAUUAGUACUUAGGGCGCUACCUCAGCAGACGAGCCUUGCAGGUGUAAUUUACAAUUAAUUUAUUAAAAAAAGGAACAAUCAGAACGGACGUCUAUUUGGGUGCGAACUUGACCUUGCCGCGCAUGUGAUCGGGCAGCGGCACGGUUCCGGGACAGGGCACUUGGCCGGGGAUCUCGCAGAUGCAGUGCCUGCCGCAUCCAUAGCCAAAGUUGGCCGGGUUGUCCUUACUCUCCUUCAAGCGCUCCUCCGCGUCGAGUUGCUCCCUGGAAAUGAGAAUUGAAUAUGUAUUAAGUGUAAAUGUACAAUGAACAGCUAAAUUAGAAUAAAUGGCGUUUUCUAUACUGA